AUGAAAAUGCUUCGGUUCCGCAGCCCCAGCAUCCGCUCCCUGGACCAGGAGGUCCUGUGCACGAUCCGGCUCCUGGACGACUCCGAGAUCUCCUGCAGCAUCCAGAGAGACACCAAAGGUCAGUUCCUGUUGGACCAUGUGUGUAACCAUUACAACCUGCUCGAGAAAGACUACUUUGGAAUUCGAUAUGUGGACCCCGAGAAACAGAGGCACUGGCUGGAGCCCAAUAAGCCUGUGGUGAGGCAGAUGAAGUCAGCUCAGCAGCCGUACACCAUGUGCUUCCGGAUGAAGUUUUAUCCCAACGAGCCCAUGAAAAUCAAGGAGGAGCUUACCAGGUAUCUCCUGUACCUCCAGUUGAAGAGAGACAUCUACCAUGGUCGCCUCCUUUGUCCUUUUGCUGAAGCUGCAUAUCUAGGAGCCUGCAUCAUACAGGCUGAACUUGGGGAUUACGACCCGGAGGAGCACCCGUCAGACUACAUCAGUGACUUCAAGCUGUUCCCUAAACAAUCCCUCAAACUGGAGAGGAAGAUUAUGGAAAUACAUAAGAGUGAGCUCAGGGGCCAGUGUGCUUCGUUUGCAGAGCUGAACAUGCUCCAAAGGGCUCACAGCCUGGAGACGUAUGGAGUGGACCCUCACCCAUGCAAGGACUUUACAGGCUCUACAGCGUUCCUCGGGUUCACAGCCACAGGGUUUGUUGUGUUCCAGGGAAACAAGAGGAUCCACCUCCUGAAAUGGGUGGACGUCAGCAAACUGAAGUUUGAAGGAAAAACUUUUUACGUCAUAGGGAUCCAGAAAGAGAUCUCCUUAACAGGCAGGAUUCACUGUAACAGGAUGAAGAAACUGGUGUUGACAUUUCACACGUCGACCCCUGCAGCGUGUAAGCACUUAUGGAAGUGUGGGGCAGAGAACCAGGCCUUUUACAAGUGUGCAAAGUCGAGUCAGAUAAAGACAGUUUCCAGCAGCAACAUCUUCUUCAAAGGAAGUAGGUUCAGAUACAGUGGAAGAGUUGCCAAAGAGGUGAUUGAAGCUAGUUCUAAGAUUAAGAGAGAGCCGCCUGCGGUCCGCAGAGCCCAGUUUGGUCAGAGUCGAAGUUUUAACUCAUUGAGCCAUAAAAACCUCAUCAUGAACAUGGAACCUCUGGUACCUGCACUGCCCUCCCCUAACGAAUACGAAGAGACAGCCCCAGACAAUGGUGUUGUUGCUGUGAAGGACUCUGUUCCCUUGUCUCCUCUCAAACCUUCAGCCGUAUCCACAGUCACAGAGCAACAAGGGACCGCAGGAGGAAACUCUGCUUUGAGCAAUGACCUGCAGCCUCCCCGUGUUUCCAUGGAAACCUCCAAUCUUCGACCUCAGACGCCCAAAGCUGAAGAUGACGUGCAGGAAGACGACGAGGCUGGUAGCCCCCUCACCAUCUCUGAGCUGGUCUACAGCCCCUGUGCCAGCAUGCUGCCCACCCCUGUAGACGACAGCCAGGGAGGCGUCGACCUGCUCUUCUCCUCCCCGGUCCAGAGCCCCGCCAGGAUGCUGAGGGAGCUCCAUGCUGACCCUGACAUCCAGGCCCAGCUGGAGGCCGAGAGGGAGCGAGACCGGGCCUAUGAACGCACCCGGCUGGCUACUAGGAGUCGAAUGGGAGGCGUCCUGACCAGCAGCCUGCGUCUGCUCUCGUCCAACGAGAGAGUCAAUGCCUUUGUGCUGAGCGUGGCCCGCUUCGUUGCCGUGGUAAUGGGCGUCCUGCUGGUCACUGUGCCCACACUGCUGCUACUGCUGGAGUCUGACAUCGACGUGUCGUUCCUCCACGAGAUCCGCCAGACGCCGGAGUUCGAUCAGUUUCACUACGAGUAUUACUGCCCGUUCCGGCGCUGGAUCCUGUGUAAGAUCAGCAUGGCCAUGGAGAACCUGUGGUCAGACUGAGGAGGAAGAGAAAGAGAAUGAGGAGGAAAGUGAAAGGUCACUGUGGGGGAAUCACACACGCCCAAAUGUCUGUCUUAACUUUUAAUUUAAUCUUAUUUUCAGUCUUAACAACUGGUGCCUCAUGAAACACAAGUCUGCCAACGGUGUGAAAUGAUUCCAACCAUCCAAUCUAUUUUAGGAGCACGUGGAAUACAUCACCGAUGAUGAUUCCACAAAAUUACAGUUUGAUAUUUUAUUUGAAAAAGGGCCUCAUAUGGAAACAUUGACAGUAAUGAAGUAGCCCUAUUGGCUCCCUCUGAUUGGAUUACAUGGAAACAUUGAUGUGUUUCACCUCUUUGGCAGCAAAAGCUAAUUACGGUCUUACAGUAAAGAGAGGUAAGAUUUCAAUCCCAGGAUCUAAUUACUUGUUAAGAUGGACACUUGGCAGUGAUGAGAUAAAUAAAUACUGUUAGUGCUCAAGGAAGAACUUGUGGAAGUGAGAGAUAAAUAAAUUUAAAAAAGAGAAAAACGUCACAACAAGAGGAAAAGUCAGUUGGUUUGGGUUUCACUAGAAGAUGGAAUGGUCUGUUCACUCCUGAUGCUGACAAAUUGAUGCAAGAGACAUUUUUGGUAAAUAUCACAAAACAUUCUGAUUGGUUCUCGUUCUCAGAGCAGAGCGCCUAAUCGGUCACAGAGCCUGUCAGUCAUGACGGAGUGGGUGGGAACGGAGAGCGAGCAAGAGAGAUUAUUGAUCUGUCACUGGAUGCAACAAUAGCCACCGUCAG